AUGAGAAUCACAUCUGAUCAGUUCUUUUCUUGCUUUAUUCUCGGUCUCAACUCUCAAACCCUCUCAUCUCAACUCAAGUUUUCAACUUUCAAGCACUUCUUCGCCUCAAAUCUCAAAGCCCCUUCGUUGCUUCUGUGGGUGUUGGAGAUAGAAGAUCAAGGAGGAUACCUCCAAGAAAGAGUGCAGCUUCUUACAGAUUUAUGGGUACGGGUUUUAGUUGGCAAAUAUGGAAGGAAGAAAGAUAUUAGAAGAGAGAUUUCUGUGAAGCAUUACGAUUCCCCAUUGUGGAAGGCUUUAGGUAAAGUUUGGGAAGAGUUCUUAAAGGGUUUAAGAUGGGAACCUUUGAAUGGUGAAUCAAUCAAGUUUUGGAGGGAUAAUUGGUUAGGCUUGGAGCAUAAUCUUGAAUCAGUUUCUAAGUAUCCUUUGGAGGAGGUAGAAGCUGAGCAGAGUAAUGCAUCUUGUGCCAUAAUGAUUAACGGGGAUUGGAGUAUUUCUUAUCUUCAACAUUUCUUAGAAGAUGAUAUAGUUAGCUUGAUCUUGAGCAGACCUCCUCCUGCCCUGCAAAGUAGAAUAGCUUGCAUUCCUCUAUUACAUCUUCAAUAUUCAUUCCAACAUUCUUAUUGUUUCCUUGUUCUUCAAUUUCCUUAUGAUUUGACUCAAGAACUAGAUAUGUCAUCUACUGGACCUGAAGCACCAGUCUCACAAGAAAUUUCAUCUCAACAAUCAUCUCAAAGAAAUCAACAUAAGGGAAAAACUGAUCCAAGUUGGGCACACUGUAAACAACGUGUUGAAGAGAAUGGAAAAAUUGUUCUAAUAUGUCUUUAUUGUGAUAAGAUAAUCAGGGGAGGCGACAUCAAUCGACUGAAGAUUCACUUGGUAGGAGAAAAAGGGCAAGUUGAACAAUGUAAGAAGGUUCCAGCAGAUAUUCGUUUUCAAAUGAUGCAAAAUAUUGAUGAGGGCAGGAACAAAAAAAGAAAAGUUCAAGAGGAAUAUGAAGAUAGUAAUCCAUUAGAUGAAGAUCAAGUGAGAGUAGUUGAUGAAGUGCCACAAAAUCCAUCAAGAAAAGCACCUUCUACAUCUCAAAAGGGGAAGAGUAUUAAUCCUUUAGGUUCUUAUUUUAUGCCUAGAACAACUCCUGGAGCUCAACCUGACAUAAAAAGUGUGUUGCAAAGUAAAGAAGUAAUGGAGAAGUGUGACCUUGCAAUUUCCAAAUGGGUGAUUGAUGCUGGUGUGCCAUUUAAUGCUGUUAAUUCAUCAUAUUACCAACCAAUGAUUGAUGCUAUUUGUAGCAUGGGCUCAGGGUAUAAAGGUCCAAAUUUUUAUAGAGUUCGUGGUCAUUUGUUAAAUAAGUGGGUUGGAGAAGUCAAUAAACUUGUUGAGAUUUAUUGCACUGUUUGGAAGCAAACAGGAUGCACUAUUAUGGCAGAUGGGUGGACUGAUCGUUGUAGGAGAACUCUUAUCAAUUUUCUAGUUUACUGCCCAAAAGGAACUAUUUUUCUCAAGUCGGUUGAUGCUUCUAAUGCUUCUAAAACUGCAGAUUUAUUGUAUAAGCUUUUUAGAGAUGUAGUGUUGCAUGUUGGCCCUGAAAAUGUUGUUCAGAUUGUGACUGAUAAUGCUGCAAAUUAUGUUGUUGCUGGAAGGUUAUUGGAGGCUGAGUUUCCUAAGAUUUUUUGGUCUCCUUGUGCUGCUCAUUGUAUAAAUUUGAUGUUACAUGACAUUGGGAAGCUAGAGGAAGUAAGUGUUGUUGUGUCUCAUGCUGCCACAAUUACCAAAUACAUAUAUAACCAUUGUCAUCCAUUGCAUUUGAUGAGAAAAUAUACAGGUGGAAGGGAAAUUCUUCGUCCAGCUCCUACUCGUUUUGCCACUAAUUUUAUUGCAUUACAAAGCAUAUUGGCUCAAAAAGAUGCAUUAAGGGCUAUGGUAACUUCUAGAGAUUGGACAAGCUCAACUUAUUCUAAGGAGGCCAAGGCAAAAAAAUUUGUGGAACAAGUUUUAGAUUCUAAUUUUUGGAAACAAUGUGCUGAGAUUGUGAAGCUUACUGAGCCACUUAUUCGUGUGUUACGUAUUGUUGACAGUGAAAACAAACCUGCCAUGGGUUUUCUUUAUCAAGCUAUAUUUAAAGCUAGAGAGGAGAUGAUAAAGAGAUUUCAAAGAAACAAGAAGAAGGUGGAACCUUACUUGAAAAUCUUAGAUCGUCGUUGGGAUUCACAGCUUCGCAAAAAUCUUCAUGCUGCUGGCCUUUUGGAUGUCAUUGAGAAAUAUGCUUAUGGGGAUCCUUAUUUAAAUUCUAAGUUGACAAGUGAGAUGAGAAUAUUCAAAAAUGCUGAGUUAGAUUUUGGAAGGCCAUCUGCUACACGCGAACGAAAUACCGUGAUGCCAGAUCAAUGGUGGGAAUCUUAUGGAUGUGGUGCACCAAAUUUGCAAAAAUUGGCUAUUCGUGUUUUAAGUCAAACAUGUAGUGCUUCGGGUUGUGAACGCAAUUGGAGUGCAUUUGAACAUAUUCAUUCGAAUAAGAGUAAUAGAUUAGAGCACCAAAAGCUUAAUGAUCUUGUCUAUGUCCGUUACAACUUGAGGCUGGCACAAAGGAAUCGAUUGAAGAAUCAAAACUAUGAUCCAAUAAAUUUUGAAACAUUUGAGGACCAUUCUAAUUGGGUACUAGAGGAUUCACCACCAUACUUAACAGCUGAAGAAAUGGAAACCUUACAUAAUAAGCUUGCAAAUAUGUCCAUUCAACCAACUCUAGAUGAUAAUGAUCAAUUAAAUUUGGAUGAUGAUGAUGAAGAUGAGGCACAAGACAACACCAUGGAAAAUGCAAAUCAAACUGAAGGCAAUGUUGGUCAAGCUUUGGAUUUAUUUGAUGAAGGAGGAGAGGAUGAAUUAAUUGACACAACUUUGCCUCCGCGGGCAUAA